CUCCAAAACAUAAAUAUUCAAAGUUUGUCUCUUUUUCUAACACAGAAAGAAAGAGAGGUGGAGAGCAGCGACGAUGGUGGGUGGCGACAUAGACGAUUUGCCCAAGAAUGCAGCCAACUACACUGCCUUGACGCCCUUGUGGUUUCUGGAAAGAGCAGCUCUGGUACACCCCACCAGAACUUCCGUCGUCCAUGGAUCCCGCCGCUACACUUGGCUCCACACCUACCAGCGAUGCCGUCGAUUGGCCUCCGCGCUCUCUGCUCAUUCCAUUGGUCUCGGCAACACGGUGGCGGUGAUAGCACCGAACGUGCCAGCUCUAUACGAAGCUCAUUUCGGAGUCCCAAUGGCGGGAGCAGUGUUGAACCCAGUGAACAUUCGCCUAAACGCAUCAACAAUAGCUUUCCUUCUGAGCCAUUCUUCAUCAUCAGCAAUCAUGGCGGACCAAGAGUUCUUCCCUCUAGCAGAGGAAGCCCUGAGAAUCUGGUCACAGAAGGACAAAAGCUCCUUCAAGCCCCCGCUGUUAAUAGUGAUCGGCGACGACGAGCACCGGGACCCAAAGGAACUGAGAUCCGCAGUGGAGAAAGGGGCGAUAGAAUACGAGAGGUUUCUGGAGAGUGGAGACCCGGACUAUGCAUGGAAGGGUCCGGAAGACGAGUGGCAGAGCAUAGCUCUGAACUACACGUCGGGGACGACGGCGAGUCCCAAGGGGGUGGUGCUGCAUCACAGAGGGGCGUAUCUGAUGGCGCUCAGCGGAGCUUUGAUAUGGGGAAUGAAUGAAGGAGCAGUGUAUCUGUGGACACUUCCCAUGUUUCACUGUAAUGGUUGGUCUUACACUUGGACUCUUGCAGCUCUUUGUGGCACCAAUAUUUGCCUUCGCCAGGUAACGGCAAAGGCAGUAUAUGCCGCGAUCGCGGAGCACAAAGUGACUCAUUUCUGUGCAGCUCCAAUAGUGCUCAACUCCAUUGUUAACGCUUCACCUGACCAAACAAUCCUUCCCCUUCCUCACGUCGUUCACGUCAACACCGCCGGAGCCGCUCCUCCUCCCUCCGUCCUCCGCGCAAUGUCCGAACGAGGCUUCCGAGUUACCCACACCUACGGCCUCUCUGAGACCUACGGCCCUUCCACCUUCUGCGCCUGGAAGCCCGAGUGGGACUCCCUCCCCCCUGAAGACCGGGCCAGGCUCAACGCCCGGCAAGGCGUUCGCUACGUCGGCCUGGAAGGCCUCGACGUCGUCGACCCCAAGACCAUGAACCCCGUCCCUGCCGACGGCUUCACAUUAGGGGAGGUCGUGAUGAGAGGAAACGUGGUGAUGAAAGGCUACUUGAAGAACCCUAAGGCAAACGAAGAAACUUUCGCGAACGGAUGGUUUCGCUCCGGCGAUCUUGCCGUGAAACACCCAGAUGGGUAUAUAGAGAUUAAGGAUAGGUCCAAGGAUAUUAUUAUAUCUGGAGGUGAAAACAUCAGCAGUGUCGAGGUUGAGAAUGUCCUGUAUUCUCAUCCUUCGAUUCUAGAAGCUUCAGUGGUUGCGAGGCCUGACGAGAAAUGGGGCGAAUCUCCAUGUGCGUUUGUGACCCUGAAAGAAGAAUUGAACGAUGAUGAGCAGAAGCGUCGCCUGGUUGAAGACAUCAUCCAGUUUUGCAGGUCGAAGAUGCCGGCUUAUUGGAUCCCUAAAUCUGUAGUGUUUGGGCCCUUGCCCAAGACUGCUACUGGGAAGAUUCAGAAACACGUGCUUAGGGCCAAGGCCCAAAACUUGGGCCCAGUCCGGAUUAGCAAGUUGUAAGUUGUCAGUCCCGCUUAGAUGAAGAGAAAGAAACAGAAUGGGAGGUGGGGCUCACAACUAAAAUUUUAAAG